AUGUAUCGCGAGGGCAGGCCGGUGUGUGAGCUGGCCGCCGUCGCCGUCGACGACCGCCUCGCGUACCUCGGAUUCCACGGCUCGCACUCCUCUAUCGCAGUAUUCAAACGCGAAACCAUGGAAUUCGUCGGGCUGCUGACGCGUAUGUGCGGCAGCGCGGGCAAAUUGCUGGCUUUGGGCGCCAGCAAGAAGCUGGUAUGCUUUACCUCAGCAGGGCACAUCUACAUCUGGGACACGAGCGAGCAGACUGUUGAGCACCUGCUGAAGAUAUCCAAUGACCCCUUGACCCAGGAGGGUUUCGUGCACCCUGACGUUAGGGUGCACCCGGCUGCGAAGGUCACUCCUGAAUCUUUAGGGGAGUGCGUGGACGUAGACUACCUGCCUGGCACGUCGACACUGGUAUCGCUGGGACCCACCGGCACGUUGACCUUUUACGACCUCUCCAGCGGCACGGAGACUGGGUCGUGUCACCCUGAGCACGACGAGGGCACGCGUGCUCUGUGCCUCCUGGUUAACACGUGCCUGGCCACAUUCCGCGAACGCAAGGGCUACUGGGUUGCGAUUGGGUUCAGCAAGGGCCGCGCCACCGUGGUAUUUCUGCCGGUCACCGGGAAGGUUGAGGAGAUGGACGGCGAGGCCGGCAGUGGAGCCGAAGUGGACACCACCGACUUGUACAGCAUCUCCAGGUGCACCGGCGAGCGUUCGGACGUGCAGUGUCUGGCUUUCAGGCAAAGGUCAUCGAGCUCCACGAGCAUGACCGUCGUGGCCGGGUGCUCUGACGGCGCCUUGCGUUGUUUCGUGUUCAAGUUGGGGCCCGACGAGCUACAGCCGCACAAGUCUGCGACUUACUUGCACUGCCGCGGCGCCAAAAAGGGCGCAAUCACCCAUUUGGUAUCGGGCUGCAGCCACGACGGGUCACCUUACGUCGUAUCGCUGUGCGUGAUGCAGCUGCCGUUCGACUUCCACACCGCCCCCCUCGUUGAUGCAAAACAGUCUCUAGCGGAUUCGUCAACGUUCUGUACGGAAGUGGUGCUGCAGACGUUGCUGCCGGACCAAUGCAACACGUACCAGCUGCUGGCUCAGUUGCGCGAAGUGGUCAGCGACAUCAAGCUCGGCGUCGAUGGCACCAGCUUCCUGCUGACCACCUUUGACGACGUGUACGUCAUCAGCCGUUUGGAAUCGGAGAACGGGUGGUCGAAGCCCAAGAAGUUGGUCUGGCAGACACCGGAAAACAUGAAGUUGCUUUCUAAGGUAUGGUGA